UUUUAUAUUGUCUUGUAUUGUUGAAUUCCUGUUCUUUACAUAUAAUUCGAUCUGUAUUUUCAAUUUCAGUUUUGUUUUCUUAACACAGAAACAACAGAAGAUUUCUGAUUUCCUUUUCUCUUUUCUUUUCAUUCUUUUCACUUCACAGCACAAACCCAACACAGAACCGCCAUCUUCAAGAUCUCUCCCUCUGUUUCUCUUUCUCAUUAUUUCCAAAAACCCCUCCUUCGAAACCGGGCUCUAACCCUAGAAUUUACUCUUCAAUUUGAGUGUAAGUUCACGGGGUUUUGCGGGCGGGUUAGAGUCUUUCCUUGUUUAUUUAUAAUCGAUAUGAACAACAGCGACAACUCCUGUAAGCUUGCUAGUAGUUAAACAAGCAAAACGACAGCUUGAGAUUGUCGUUUAAUGGCUAAGCGCGUCUACGAGGCCUGGAAGGGCAGUAAUAAAUUCUUCGUCGGUGGGAGGUUGAUAUUUGGGCCAGAUGCUAGGUCAUUGCUUGUUACAUUAUUGCUGAUCAUUGUUCCAGUAGUUGUCUUCUGUGUUUUUGUUGCUAGGCACCUUCUCCAUGAGUUUUCUCCACACAACACGGGAUAUGCAAUUCUGGUGGUAGCAAUUGUUUUUACCAUCUAUGUCUUGGUUCUCCUUUUUCUCGCAUCGGCACAAGAUCCAGGUAUCGUUCCACGUAAUUCACAUCCACCAGAGGAAGAAAUGCGCUAUGAUUCAUUUUCAUUUGAGAUGAGGGGAAGACAAACCCCGAGCCUUCAGCUCCCUCGGACUAAAGAAGUUAUGGUUAAUGGCAUUCCUGUGCGAGUGAAGUACUGUGACACUUGCAUGCUUUAUCGUCCUCCCCGCUGUUCACACUGCUCCAUUUGCAAUAAUUGUGUGGAGCGUUUUGAUCACCACUGCCCGUGGGUGGGCCAAUGCAUUGGACUGCGCAACUACCGUAUGUUCUUCUUGUUUGUUUCUUCAUCAACCCUUCUCUGCAUCUAUGUUUUCUCCAUGUCAGCUUUGUACAUUAAGAUUCUGAUGGAUGAUUACCAUGGCACGGUCUGGAAGGCAAUGAAACAGUCUCCUCCAUCUGUCAUACUAAUGGCCUAUUGUUUCAUUUCCCUGUGGUUUGUUGGUGGACUCACAGGCUUCCAUCUGUAUCUCAUUGGCACAAAUCAGACUACCUACGAAAAUUUUCGCUAUAGGGCUGACAACAGGAUCAAUGUUUACAAUCGUGGUUGCAUGAAUAAUUUUCUUGAAGUAUUUUGCACCAAGGUAAAACCCUCAAGGAACAACUUCCGGGCUUUUAUUCAAGAAGAGGUACCAAGGCCUUCUAUGCCCCGCACUCCGGAAGCAGAAGACUUGGGAUGUGGAGAUCCACGUUCAAAGGUUGAAGAUGAUCUAGAUAUUAGUGAAGAUCUAUUGAAGAUUUCCCAGCGUCGUAACAUUGAAGAAAUACAUGAGGACAUCCGUGAUAGAGGUAGCAAUGGUCCUCCCCAUAAUGCCUCAGAUGUUGAAAAUGUUAUGAGUUCAGAUAUCCGAUCUCCCCCCAUUCGGGCAGACACUCGGCACUCAAGUUGUGGAAGGAGAAGUGGAAGCUGGGAAAUUUCACAGGACGACAUUGCCAACUCCACUGUCACUGAAAGCAGAGGCUAUGCUACUCCAAAGGAAACACGCCAAUGAUAUGAGUCUCCCUUGCCCGCAAUCACUGUCCCUACAUUGAACAUCGAAGCUCCAUCCAGUUUAGUUAAUAGAGUUUGCAAAAUGACCACCAUUUGUAGCUACAAAGAUUGCAUAGCUGCUCUCGCAUUAGACCCCAGGGCCUCAUCCACAUCAAACCCAAAAGCCCUGGCAAAGAUAGCUCUAAAGUUGGUUGUAUCUAAUUCCACAAACAGCAAAAAAUACAUCGAAGCAAUGGCUAAGAAGCAAUGCUUUUCGCUCAGUUUGAAGUCGGCCCUUGAGUACUGUGUUUCCCAGUAUGAAAGUGUUGUAAUUCCAUCAUUCAAAAUGGCUUUGAAAGAAGUAGAUGAGGAUCCUUUGACUGCAAACUAUGAUGCAAAAGUUGCUUCUGAUGGUGCAAAUUACUGUGAAGAGAAGUUGAGCUGUGAAGGUUGUCAUGAUGUUGCUUCAAUCACAACUAGAAAUUAUUAUGUGAAGAUUUAUAGCGACAUUGGAUUUGCUGUUACUAAUAUGAUAAGCCCAGUUGAUCAUUAA